AUGAACAUUUCAGUUCCUAUUGGUACCGAGGUGGACUCUGUCUCUUUCUCAUUUUAUGAGCCAAGUGAAAUUAGAAAGAUCUCUGUCAAACAGAUUGUAAACCCAGUUCUUUUUGACACUUUGGGUCAUCCUACCAAGGGUGGUCUCUAUGAUCCUGCACUUGGUCCCUAUCAAAAGACCCAAAUUUGUGCUACUUGUUCUCAAGAUCACUUCAACUGUCCUGGUCACUAUGGCCACAUUGAGGUGCCCAUUCCUGCUUACAAUCCAAUGUUUUUUGACAACUUGUAUGCCUUGCUUCGAUCCAAGUGUGUCUACUGUCACCAUUUCCGCAUCUCUCGUGCUGUGAUGAAGAAAUACAUAGGCCAAUUAACUUUGUUACAACACGGUAUGAUCCGUGAAGCUCAAGCAUUGGAUGAAGUCUACUUUAGCAACAAGAAGGCAGCCAAGUCCAGCAAAGAUGAGGAAACACUCGAAGACAAAAUGGAGGAAGACAGUUUGUUGCUAGCCAACGCUGAGGAUUACAUUGAUUACAUUGACACAUUUGUCAAGAAUUCAUUAGCUGAUGAAGAAGCUCGUAGAUUUGCUGCCAAGGAUUACAAGGUCACAGUCAUCAACGAUGUUCGCAAAAAAAUCAUGGGCGAAUUCAUGAAGCAAUGUGUGCACACCAAGAAAUGUCUCAACUGUCAAGGCAUUUCUCCUCCCGUUCGCCGUGAUGGUGCUGCCAAACUCUUCCAACUUGCUCUCACCAAAAAGGAACAAGCUCAUAUGGAUCGUUUAAAGGACAAUAUUGGCCUUACAGAUGAGGUCAAGGGGUUCAAUAGUAAUGGUCAACGCUUCAUGACCAACUACGAAGUGCGCAAGCAAGUGCAGGCCUUGUUUGAAAAGGAGGGCGAUGCUACUACCUUGCUGUACGGUGCUCGUGAUCCUCGCACUCCCUCUUACAUCAAGAAGGCUACUUAUCACAUGUUCUUUAUCGAGACACUUGCUGUUGCACCUACUCGUUUCCGUCCUCCCUCUGUCAUGGGCGACAAGAUUUUUGAGUCUCCUCAAAACGAACUUUUGUCUGCCAUCCUCAAGGGCAGCCAUCUUGUCCGUGAUUUCUCUGAAGAUCUGCAGAGUGCCACGGACGAAGAGCAAUUGGACAAGUCCAAGGUCGACCGUAUUCGCAACAACUUUGUCGAGUCCAUUAUCAACCUCCAACAUGCUGUCAACUCGUUCAUCGAUUCCACCAAGAACCCCACUCAAGUUGCACAGGGCAAGACCUUGCCUCCUGGUAUCCGUCAAGCAUUGGAGAAGAAGGAAGGUUUGUUCAGAAAGCACAUGAUGGGUAAGCGUGUCAACUACGCCGCUCGUUCCGUCAUUUCGCCUGAUCCCUUCAUCGAGACAUCUGAGAUCGGUAUUCCUCCUGUGUUUGCCACUAAGCUCACUUAUCCUGAGCCUGUUACUCCUCACAACAUCAAGGAAAUGAGACAAGCUGUCAUUAACGGUCCCAACAAGUGGCCUGGUGCUACUCAUGUUCAAAACGAAGAUCAAUCUAUUGAUGUCCUCGCUGAUUUGAGUAUCGAAUCUCGUAUUGCCCUUGCCAACUCUCUCUUGGCCCCUCAGAGCUCUCAUACCGCUCAGACUGGUAACAACCCUUACCCUACUCGUACUCAAACUGUCAACAAGAAGGUUUUGCGUCAUAUUCGCAAUGGUGAUAUGCUCUUGCUAAAUCGUCAGCCUACGCUCCACAAGCCCUCCAUCAUGGCCCACAAGGCUCGUAUCUUGCCUGGUGAAAAGACGAUUCGUAUGCAUUAUGCCAAUUGUAAUACUUACAAUGCUGAUUUUGAUGGUGAUGAGAUGAAUAUCCAUUUCCCUCAAAACGAAGUUGCUCGUGCUGAAGCCUCUUUCAUUGCCAACACUGAUAACCAGUACUUGGUACCUACCAGUGGUGAUCCCUUGCGUGGUCUCAUUCAAGAUAGUGUUGAUUCCGGUGUAUGGAUGACCUCUCGUGAUACCUUCUUUACCAAGGAAGAAUACCACCAACUCUUGUAUGGUUCCCUUCGUCCUGAGGUAGACGGCACUGGCGAUGGUAAGAUCCGAACCUUGCCUCCUACCAUUUUUAAGCCUCAACCUUUGUGGUCUGGUAAGCAAGUGCUCUCUACUGUUCUCAAGAACUUGACCUGGGGCAAGGCUCAACUCAACAUGACAUCCAAGAGUAAGGUGCCUGCCAAGUUCUGGGGUCCUAAUGCCAAGGAGGAAGAGAUUGUCAAUGUCAUGGACGGUGAGUUGAUUCACGGUAUUCUUGACAAGUCGCAAUUUGGUGCUUCUGCUUUCGGUCUUGUCCACUCUGUAUAUGAAAUCUAUGGUCCUGAAUCUGCUGGUAUGCUUCUUAGUAUUUUGGGCCGUCUCUUUAUCAAGUUUAUCCAACACCAUGGUUUCACUUGUCGUAUGGAUGAUUUGAUCUUGACUGAAGAAGGUAACAAGUGGCGUAGAGAUUUGUUGGAUGGUGGUAAGGGUCUUGGUGAAGAGGCUCACUUGGAGUUCCUUGGUUUGACUGAAACUGCCAAAACUGCCAGCGAAGAAGUGCUCAAGAAAGAGUUUAAGCUUCGUAUGAAUGAAGUGAUCCGUGAUGACAACAAAUUGGCUGGUCUCGAUAACGCCAUGAAGGCCAAGGUCAAUAAGCUGACUUCUUCCAUUACUACUACUUGUCUUCCGAACGGUUUGGUGCGUCCUUUCCCCAAGAAUGACAUGCAAAUGAUGACUGUGUCUGGUGCCAAGGGUUCCAACGUCAACGCUACUCAGAUCUCCUGUCUGCUUGGUCAACAGGAACUGGAAGGUCGUCGUGUGCCUCUUAUGGUUUCUGGUAGAUCGCUUCCCUCUUUCCGUCCUUUCGACACCAGUGCUCGUGCUGGUGGUUUCGUUACUGGCCGUUUCUUGACCGGUAUUCGUCCUCAAGAAUACUACUUCCAUUGUAUGGCUGGUCGUGAAGGCUUGAUUGAUACUGCUGUCAAGACAUCUCGUUCUGGUUACUUGCAACGUUGUUUGAUCAAGCAUCUUGAAGGCUUGCGUGUCCAUUACGAUCACACUGUGCGUGAUUCUGACGGUUCCGUGCUGCAAUUCCAUUACGGUGAAGAUUCGUUGGAUGUCAUCAAGGCCAAGCACAUUAACCAAUUCAGCUUCUCUGCUCACAACUUUGAGGCUCUCUCUCAGAAAUACAACCCUAAGGCUGCUUUGGAGUCUCUUGAGACCAAGAAGGGUGAAGACUAUGCUAAGAAGGCUCUCAAGAAGCCCAACAAGUACGACCCUGCCUUGUCUGUCUAUAAUCCUGGUACUCAUCUUGGUGUUGUUUCGGAACGUUUCGCCAUUGCUAUGAAGGAUUACAUGGAGAAGAAUCCUGACAACAUGCCUUUUGAAAAGGAUGCUGAAAUCCCCAAGAACACUGCCCGUUACGCUGGUUUGACCAAGAGCAAAUUUAAGGCUUUGAUGAACCUCAAGUAUCUCCACAGUUUGGUGGAAGCUGGUGAGUCGGUCGGUUUGCUGGCUGCUCAAUCUGUGGGUGAACCAUCCACUCAAAUGACAUUGAAUACUUUCCAUUUUGCUGGUUAUGGUGCUGCUAACGUGACAUUGGGUAUUCCUCGUCUUCGUGAAAUUAUCAUGACAGCUGCUCGCAAGAUCAAGACACCCACCAUGUUGUUGCCUCUCCGUGCUGAAACCACUCCCAAGAAGGCUUCUCAGUUCUGUAAGGCUGCUUCCCGAUUGACUCUGGCUCAACUCGUGGAUGAUGUGUCAGUGACUGAAAAGACAACUGCCAAGUCUGCUGAGAACAACUACCGCAGAACCAAGACCUACUCUAUCCGUCUCAACCUAUUUAAUGAGAGUGAAUACAACGAAGAAUACCGUGUCACUGCCAACAGAAUCAAGGAAGUCUUGUCUUCUACCUUCCUGAAGGAUUUGGAAGAGUUGAUCCGCAAGGAUAUCAAGGAUACCAAGAAGAUGGAUGACAUUGGAAAGGCUCACAAGAUGACUGGCCCCUCUGACGACAAUGCCAACGAGAAUCUCGGUGAUGCUGCUGCUCAAGAUGGCUAUGAUUCUGACGCUGCCAACGAAGGUGAUGCCAAGGCUGCUCGUAGAUCUGCUCAAAACAAACAGCAAGCUACUUAUGACGGUCCUGAUGAAGAUGAUGUGGUCAUGGAUGAAAUCGAAAAGUCUCUUGAAGACGAAGAAGCCGAGUUCGAAGAAGCUGUGCUGGCUGGUGACGAUGACGAAGAGGAGAGUGCUCCCAAGAGAAGCUCCAAGAGUGGCAAUCUCGAGCUCAACGCUGUACAAAAGAGCAAGUACUGCAAGAAGUUUGUCUUUGACGAUGUCAACGGUGCUUAUUGUCAAAUUGAUAUGGUGUUCCCUGCUGAUACGAAGAAGAUCUUGAUGGUUGGUUUGAUUGAAGAAUCUUGCUCUCGUGUCGUUGUUCAUGAAAUUAAGGGCAUCCAAACUUGUUUUGAGUAUGUCAAUCCUACUGAGAAUGAUACUUCCAAGCGUCUUCAAACUGAGGGUGUCAACUUGAGAGGCAUGUGGCCAUUUGCUGACUUGAUUGAUGUCAACUUUAUCGAUACCAACGACAUUGCUGCCAUCUUGAACACGUAUGGUGUUGAAGCUGCUAGAAACGCUGUUAUCAAAGAAGUCGCUGCUGUCUUUGGCGUGUACGGUAUCAAGGUUGAUCGUCGUCACUUGACCGUUAUUGCUGAUUACAUGACAUUUGAAGGUGGCUACAAGCCAUUCUCUCGUAUUGGUAUUGGUUCCAAUGUUGCACCUUUCCUCAAGAUGAGUUUCGAAUCUACCUGUAAAUUCUUGACUGAAGCUACACUUCAUGGUGAUUAUGAUACUCUUGACUCGCCAUCAUCUCGUAUUGUUGUGGGUCGUGUUGUUGAAGGUGGUACUGGCUCUUUUGAUGUUCUUCAACCUCUUACAUCAGAAGCUUAG